UACAUCCCAGCUAGAAAGAUAAUAAACAGACUUUGGUACGACCCAGUAGUGAAAGAGAGAAUGGAAGCGCUAAGAGUGUGCACUCUAACAUGGAACCCACUGAAGCACUUCUUUCACUCUCACGCAUUUCGUCGAACACCUCGAACGCUCGUUCUCCGCGCCUGCUCAUCUUCCACCACCACUGAUACCAGGGCUGCCGGUCGCAAUCGCCGGAGCUCGGCGUCGUCGUCUCCCACUUCCACUUCCGAUAGGGAUGCCAUUCGAGCCAUACGCUUGAAGAAGGUUGAAGAAUUGAGAAGCAAGGGGCUUGAUCCGUAUGCUUAUGAAUGGGACAAAACUCACGGUGCUAGUCAGCUGCAAGAUAUCUACAUAGAUUUGGCAAAUGGUGAGGAAAAAGAUAGUGAGAGUGACCACGUAUCUGUUGCGGGAAGAAUUGUGGCCAGGAGGGCAUUCGGAAAGCUUGCCUUUCUCACACUAAGAGAUGAUUCUGGGUCAAUUCAGCUCUAUUGUGAUAAGGAGAGACUCAUAGGCGAUCAGUUUGAACAGUUAAAGGCACAUGUUGAUAUUGGUGAUAUAUUAGGUGUAAGAGGAACAAUAAAACGCACAGAAAAAGGAGAACUUUCUGUGAGUGUCCAAUCUUUUGCAAUCCUUACUAAAUCUCUGCUUCCACUUCCUGACAAAUAUCAUGGACUAACUGAUAUAGAUAAACGUUAUCGACAGAGGUAUGUAGAUAUGAUCGCAAAUCCAGAGGUAGCAGAUGUAUUCCGUAAAAGAGCAAAGGUUGUAUCAGAGAUACGGAGGACAAUGGAUUCUUUAGGUUUUGUUGAAGUUGAAACUCCAGUUUUACAGGGAGCAGCUGGGGGAGCAGAAGCCAGACCUUUUAUUACAUACCAUAAUUCUCUUGGAAGAGACUUAUAUCUGAGAAUUGCUACUGAAUUACAUCUUAAGAGAAUGCUGGUGGGUGGCUUCGAAAAAGUAUACGAGAUUGGUCGAAUAUUUAGAAAUGAAGGAAUUUCAACUCGACAUAAUCCUGAAUUUACAACUAUAGAGAUGUACGAAGCAUACUCGGAUUAUCAAAGCAUGAUGAGUUUGGCAGAGGAGAUUGUCACUCGAUGUGCUCUUGCAGUUCAUGGGAAGCUUACAGUUGAUUAUCAGGGAGUUGAGAUAUGUCUGGAAAGGCCUUGGAGGAGGGAGACUAUGCACAAUCUUGUUAAAGAAAUUGCUGGGAUCGAUUUCAAUGAAUUUGGAGAUGAUAUUGAGGUUGCAAAGCGUGUUACUUUGGAUACCCUUGGAAAUAAUCUUGAUAAAAAGGAUAAAGGUUCCAUUGAAGCAUGCCAAUCCGUUGGCCACCUUCUUAAUGAGGUCUUUGAGAUUUUUGUAGAACCAAAGCUCAUCCAACCUACUUUUGUUCUAGACUAUCCGAUUGAGAUAUCUCCCCUUGCCAAACCACAUAGAAGAUACACAGGUUUGACUGAGAGAUUUGAACUUUUCAUUUGUGGCCGUGAGUUGGGGAAUGCAUUCUCCGAAUUGACUGAUCCAAUAGAUCAGAGGGGACGCUUGGAAGAUCAAAUUAGACAGCAUGAAAAGAAGAGGUCAGCUAUUUCAGCAAAUGAUGAUAAAAAGGAAGGAAAGGAAGAUGAAGAUGACUCGUAUGAAGUAACUCUUGAUGAUGACUUUCUCACAGCUUUGGAAUACGGAAUGCCUCCAGCUUCGGGAAUGGGACUUGGAAUUGAUAGGCUGGUGAUGCUUUUGACAAAUUCUCCCAGUAUUCGAGAUGUUAUCGCCUUCCCAGUACUCAAGCUGCAGCAAUAGUGAUAGGUUUGUGAGUUCACUGUGCUCACUUUUUGCUCUUUCCUAAAUGUUAGUGUUCAGUAGUCUUGAUUAUAUUUGAAAUCAUUGGUAGAACAUGUAACAAGAUCAAGUUAUUUAUUAUUCCCUCAAAUUACCUGUUUGGGAGUUUUGAUUUUUGAUAA